UUCAGUCCUUCAAGGAAGAAGGCCACUUGCAUCAUGAAGGCAUGUGCUCUAUUAGUGUCUCUGGACUGAAGGCCCAGACAUGGGACAAGGCAGUACUUAUACAAAACACAGGAGGCAUGUUAGAGCAGGGCACUCAUCCUAAGACAACAAGCAGCCUUGGCUGAAAACCACAGAGUGGUUUCAAGGGAUACUGCUGGACUCUGUGGUGCCUGGACAAGUAAUGAACCUGGAGCAUCACCAAAGGCCAUGACCUGGAGGAACUGAAAGAGCCUUUCUCAGCUGGGGUGUGAAGUGUGGCAUGGAUAAAUAGGGUCCUGAGAGACACUGUGACAGUGCUUGGGAGCCAAGGCAGAAGGUAAGUCCAUACACCACAGGGAUGCCUGAGCACACCUCUCUUCUAUGGCACAGGCUGUAAUGUAUUAGACCUGUAAAUAUUGGUAUCUGCAGUUAAAAAUGAAAGUGAAGAGUUUUUAGCCUAUGUAUUCUCUGGCUUGUUGCUUUGGAACAGGAAUGCACUGUCAUAAUAUCUCUCAUAUGUUGCCAUGUCUUGCUGCUGCUUGGAUUGUCAAUGGGUUGUUUUUUUCACUGCAGACUAUUGAAAAGGGGCCUCGCACGCUACAGACCAUAUGUGAGAGUUGCUUUCCUAAAUGCAGUAAUAAACAGCCACGAGAUGAAAUAUCCCCAAGUAAUGAGAUUAGUGACACGGGAUACAGCUUUCAAAAAUAAUUACAUCUGACACCCUCAUCAGCAAGAAGAUGUAGGGGCUGCAAGCUCUAAGCUUGGGAACAGCAUAUGAAAGAUUGGCUUCUCCUGGGAAGGGAGGCACAAGGGAGGUUAUUUUUAGUACUUUGGAGAAAAAAAAAAGCCAGAAUUAAAGCACUCUUUGGUUUGAUACCCUCGUUAUGGAGGAGAUCAUGGAGAAAUAAAGCAAAAGCGGCAGUGGAUAUGUCACUGAGGAUGGAAACUGUGAGAGCAAGAGGUUGAGCAGAGCGGGAGCGGUAGGGUCAGAACGGAACGGGGUGGGGCGGCGGGGGGGGCACUCCUGUCCCGCCGCCACCCCUCCCCGUCCCGUCCUCGCUUGUGCCCGUCGAUACAAUAACAACCCAGCGACGGCGGAGCAGGCGGUUCCGUUUUCGCGACGGUAUAUAUAGAUCAGACACUUUCCAAAACAAGCAGCGCCGCCGAGUCGUUCUGUUCGGCGGCUCUUUCCACCCGUAAUUCAAAAAAAAACAAAAAAAAUUGUUUUAAAUUACUUUUUCUUUGACAAAGGAGAAGCUCUAUUCCGUGAAUGCGGCUGUUUCCUGACCCGCCGCCGGUUUGCGGUUACAGGCUGCUGAGAAAGUGAGCAGGGUCUGGCAGGGCGGCCCCGGGACCUCCUCUGCUUUUCCGAACCUUUUAAAAAUUUUCCGGAACAAGCCCUAAAAGGGCAGGCGGGGCGGGGCCGGAUCCUCGCCUUUUUAGGACAAGGGCCCCGCCACCGGAAUACCCCCCUGGGCGGCGCGGCGGGCGGCGGCGGGGGCCGAGCGGGGCCGGGGCGGGUCGGGGCCGCCCCCGCGGGGCGCGGAGGGUGCGCGGGGAGGGGGGGCCGGGGCGGGCGCGGGCCGGCGGGUCCCGCACGCGGGCGCCCACGUGACCGCCGGGCCCCGUUCCUCAGUCCUUAUAUGGGCAGUGACGUCCCGGGCAUUCAGGGGGCCCCCAUAAAUAGUUACAGCCAGACUUGUCCUCCAGCGCGAGCUGCGGCGGGAGCGCGGCGCUCCCGGGGCACCGCGGGCACCGCACCGCCGCGACGGGGCGGCCGCCCGCCCGCACAUGCCGCGCCGGCUCCCCGCAGUCCCCCCGCGCUGGUAGUGGGAGGCAGGGGGAAGCGCCCCCUCCUCUCCCUCUCCUCCCCGCCCCGAGCGCCCACCGCCGGCCGGGAGCGCCGCUCCCCCGGCCGCCCCGCUGCCCCCAUGAUGACCGCCAAGGCGGUAGACAAGAUCCCGGUAACCCUCGGUGGGUUCGUGCACCAGCUUCCCGAGGGCAUUUACCCCGCGGAUGACAUCUCCGCCGCGCUGCCAACUUCGGUCGCGAUCUUCCCCAAUGCCGACCUGGCAGGGCCGUUCGACCAGAUGAGCGGUGUGGCAGGAGACGGCAUGAUCAACGUGGACAUGGGCGACAAGCGGGCCCUGGACCUGCCCUACGGUGGCGGCUUCGCGCCCAAUGCCCCGGCUUCUCGCAAUCAGACCUUCACCUACAUGGGCAAAUUCUCCAUCGACCCGCAGUACCCUGGCGCCGGUUGCUACCCCGAGGGCAUAAUCAACAUCGUGAGCGCGGGGAUCCUGCAGGGGGUCAGCACGCCCUCCUCCGCCGCCUCCUCCGCCGCCUCCUCCGCCUCCUCCGCCGCCUCCUCGGCCACCGCCGCCUCCGCCACCUCCCCCAACCCGCUGGCCGGGGCCCUCGGCUGCACCAUGGCACAGGGCCAGCCAGCCGACCUGGAGCAUCUCUACUCGCCUCCGCCGCCGCCCUACUCGGGCUGCGGUGACCUGUACCCGCAAGACCCCUCCUCGGCUUUCCUGCCCGCCGCCGGCGGCGGGGCACUGCCUUUUCCCCCGCCGCCCUCCUACCCGUCCCCGAAGGCGGCGGCGGCCGACGGCGGGCUCUUCACCAUGAUCCCCGAGUACGGCGGCUUCUUCCCGCCGCCUCAGUGCCAGCGGGAGCUCCACGCCGGCCCCGACCGCAAGCCCUUCCCAUGCCCCCUCGACUCGCUCCGCGUCCCGCCGCCCCUCACGCCGCUUUCCACCAUCCGCAACUUCACGAUGGGGGCGCCCCCGGCGGGCGCCGCCCCCGGCAGCGCUCCCGGCAGCGGCGGGGGCGAGGGUGCGGGCGCCCGGCUGCCCGCCGGCGCCUACAGCCCGCACCACCUGCCGCUGCGGCCCAUUCUGCGGCCCCGCAAGUACCCCAACCGGCCCAGCAAGACGCCGGUCCACGAGCGGCCUUACCCGUGCCCCGCCGAGGGCUGCGACCGCCGCUUCUCCCGCUCCGACGAGCUCACCCGGCACAUCCGCAUCCACACUGGCCACAAGCCCUUCCAGUGCCGUAUCUGCAUGCGGAACUUCAGCCGCAGCGACCACCUCACCACCCACAUCCGCACGCACACCGGCGAGAAACCCUUCGCCUGCGACUUCUGUGGCAGAAAGUUCGCCCGCUCCGACGAAAGGAAGCGGCACACCAAGAUUCACCUGCGCCAGAAGGAACGAAAAGGAGCCGCCGCCGCCGGCGGGUGCCCGCAACCCGGCGGCGGGAGCGGCACCGCCGCCCUGGCCCCCUGCGCGGCGCGGACGCGGACGCCCUGACGGCGCGGGACACGCAGGACCCAGCGCGGAGCCGUCGCCGAGCGCGGCGGGCGCGGAGCGGAGCGGGGCCCGGCGGGGCGCGACGAGCACCUGGCGGCGCCGCGGGGCUCCCCCGGGCCGGGGCGAGCCGGAGCGGGCCGGAGCGGCGGGUGUACAUAGGGGCUGCGGCGGGAGGAUGGAUGCAUGCAGUGCCGUCGUGGUGAGGUGUCCUUGGUGCCUUGUGUGGUGUAGAGCCCGGUCCCCUGUCUGCAUGUGGGGGGUGCCUUACCGAUCCGCUCCGACGACAGCGGCGACAUCGAGACCGGAAAGUUUUUCCCUCCCUGGUUUUAGUAUGGCUGUACAUUUCUGCCUAUUAAUAUUGGGAUUUUUUUUUUUUUUUAGAGACUAUAUUUUUGUACGCACUGGUUUGGGGUUUUGGUUUUGUUUUUCUUUUUGGUGACUUAAAAGUGUUCCGUUUGUAGUAGGACUUGGGACAGGAUGUAAAUACUCGGGCUGGGACCGGCGCCCGUGGUCGGCCGGGACCCACUGCGCCGCAGGUAACACGAAUAAUGCACAACCACUAACGGGGGCUGGAAAGAGAGAGAGGGGGGGUAUCUUUCUGGCCACUCUGUAAAUAAAUUUUUCGACAAUAGGAUAGGUGCUUACAAAGUUUAUAAAAGACGACAAAUAAAUCUCUUAAUUAUGCUAAA